AUGGAGCAGAAUCAUAAGCUGGCCAUGGUAGGAGGAAAAGUUUUUCCCGAUGGAGAGAGAUAUAGACGCUUGAUUGGACGUUUGAUUUAUUUGGCUGUCACUAGGCCAGAUUUGGCGUAUUCGGAGCAUACAUUGUCACAAUUUAUGCAAGCACUGAAAGAGGACCAUUUAUAUUGGGAAGCAGCAUUGAGAGUGGUUCGUUAUUUGAAGAAAUGUCCAAGUCAAGGGAUUCUUCUACGUUUAGAUAGUGCAUUACAAUUGGAAGGAUGGUGUGACUCUAAUUGGGCUAGUUGUUCGUUGACUCUUAGAUCCUUGACUGAUUGGUUUGUAUUACUUGGUUUUUCUCCAGUAUCUUGGAAAACCAAGAUACAGUAUAUAGUUUCCCGAUCUUCUACAGAAGCGGGUAUAGGAAAAUGGCGGCCUUGA